GCGGCCUGGCUGGUUCUAGGCGGCCUGGCCGGGUCUGGGCGCCUACAUCUUCUCCAAUCCGAAGACCCAGAUAAAAUGCCCAAGAAGAUCACCCAGAUUAACCCCAAGGAUAACCACAUUUCGUUCCAGUGUGAGAGGAGCAUGGUCACAGUCACAGUGGAGAAAAUUUUGAAGGAGAUGGAGAUAGAGUACGUGAAGCGCAGGGUGGAGGAGGGUGGAAUCUACGUUGAUCAGCUUUUCUUCCGUGACCCUGAUGCCACUAUGAUUGAGAUCAGUAAUUGUGACAAACUUCCCGUAAUACCCCUCGCGGGAGAGCCAGUCAGGCCCUGCACACGUGUCAAUUGCAAUGCCUAG